AUGCCACCGCUGAUCCGGCGGAAAGCCGCUUCCUCGCACACUUCUUCAAGCUCAGACAGCGAAGCCUCAGAAGUCUUUUCAGGCAGCAGUCCUCCGUCAUACGAAGCCAUCGGGGAUAACAUAUCCAGAAAGAGGCGACGGCUGUCUUCAGGGCCAGACACGGGGUCAGAUAGCUCAGCAGCAGAAGAAGCGCCAGCGCCAGUACCUUCAACAGCGUCUCGCAUCAAGCCUAAGCAGGCCACCCCACCCUUCAAUAAUCCUGCAGGCAUCGAGCACCCUACUGUCAGCAAUGGUAAAGUCGUUGAUUCGAGAGCAAGCUUCGCAACACUGGAUGUUGCACCAUGGCUCAUUGCAUCCUUGGCGGCGAUGGAGAUCAAGAGGCCCACGGGCAUUCAGAAAGGUUGUAUACCGAAAAUUUUGGAAGGAAGGGACGUUAUAGGAGGAAGCAGGACAGGUAGUGGGAAGACUGUGGCUUUUGCAGUGCCUAUACUACAAAGAUGGUCGGAGGAUCCAGUGGGAAUAUAUGCCGUUAUACUCACGCCAACGAGGGAACUUGCGUUACAGAUAUUCGAGCAGAUCAAGGCUAUUUCUGCUCCUGAGUCGCUCAAGCCGAUAUUGAUUACAGGCGGUACCGAGAUGCGGCCACAAGCUCUUGCGCUCUCGAGACGACCGCAUGUGGUCAUUGCUACUCCAGGACGAUUGGCCGACCACAUUCUCACAUCUGGCGUAGACACAACGAUUGGACUACGGCGUGUAAAAGUUGUUGUUCUCGAUGAAGCAGACAGACUACUAGCUUCUGGGCCUGGUAGUAUGCUCUCAGACGUUGAGACCUGCCUGACCGCACUUCCACCCUCGCACGAGCGACAAACCUGUCUAUUCACAGCGACCCUGACACCAGAAGUCAUAGCCCUGAAUUCGCUCCCCAGAACCAAUGGCCGCCCACCAAUCUUUGUCUGCGAGACCGACACAGCUGAUCUUGCAGUUCCCGAAACACUGAAGCAAACAUACCUCCAAGUCCCCCUCACCUACCGCGAAGCCUACCUGCACAUCUUGCUCCUCACAGCUGGUAACGCUGUGAAGAAGUCAGUCAUGGUAUUUUGCAACCGCACCGCUACCACCAACCUACUUGAGCGACUCCUCAGAUUGCUAGAUCACCGUGUUACAUCCCUUCACUCACUGCUUCCUCAAAAAGAUCGAACAGACAAUCUCGCCCGCUUCCGUGCCUCAGCCGCACGAAUUCUAGUGGCGACAGACGUCGCAUCUCGCGGUCUCGAUAUCCCAGAAGUCGACCUUGUGAUAAACUACGACGUCCCACGCAACCCGGACGAUUAUAUUCACCGGGUUGGGCGUACGGCACGAGCUGGGAAGAAAGGGGAGGCGGUUACGCUGGUUGGGCAGAGGGAUGUGAGUCUAUUUUUGGCGAUUGAAGGCAGGGUUGGGGCGAAGAUGAAGGAGUGGAAAGAGGAGGGUGUGAAUGUGGAGACGAGAGUUGUGAGGGAUGGGUUGAAGGAUGUGGGGGAGAGGAAGAGGGUGGCGUUGUUGGAUAUCGAGGAGGGAAGGGAUGUGAAGGGAAAUAGGACGAGGGGGAAGAUUCGGAGGCUGGAGUGA